GUGUUGCUCAUUUCUUCGGCUGUCAUUUUGUUUUUGUCGUUCGGUAGUCAUUAUUGACCUGACAUAUUUUCAACAACCACCACCACCACCAAAAACAAUCAACACUACAACUCUGAAAAAAACCAUGGCACCACCAAGCAGCACCGGUAAAGCAGUGAAAAAAUCUGGUAAAGCUCAAAAAUCUGUUCGUGCUACUGAUAAAAAAAAGAAACAUCGUCGCAGGAAAGAAUCAUUUUCCAUUUACAUUUAUAAAGUAUUGAAACAAGUUCAUCCUGAUACUGGUAUAUCAUCGAAAGCAAUGUCAAUCAUGAAUUCAUUUGUCAAUGAUAUUUUUGAACGUAUUGCUGCCGAAUCAUCACGUCUAUCGCAUUACAAUAAACGAACUACUAUUACAUCGAGAGAAGUACAAACGGCUGUCCGUCUUUUAUUGCCAGGUGAAUUGGCCAAACAUGCCGUAUCCGAAGGCACAAAAGCCGUAACUAAAUAUACAUCGAGCAAAUAGAUUUUUUUUGUUCUCUUCUUCAUUCGUUUGAUUUCUGAUUCUUUUUUGCCGCUUUAU